AUGGAGAAUUCCCAUUUGUGCGACCUAUUUAGAACAGUCGGUGUCUCUAACUUUAGAUUAAAAACUGGAGAUGACUACCUCAUGAAACAACCACACAGAUUUGGUUUAGCAGACUCUCCAUCUUGCCCAUUAUGUGAUAUUGACGACAUGAAUGAUGACCAUUUGGACACUUGUUCUUCAUUUAAUGACGUGACAACGGCUAAUGCUCUGAAAAAUUAUCUUUCAGUGGCGACAUCUCCUCAAGAAAUAACGUCAGAACCAGAGUUUGCAGAGCCGAUUCCAAAUGUUACGGUUUCUGCAGGACGAGAUGUUAGUUUGCCAUGCGUUGUGGAUAAUUUAGGAACAUACAGAGUAGCUUGGAUCCAUACCGACCGAUAUACUUUGCUGACCCUCCAAAAUCGUGUCAUCACUCGAAAUUCUCGUUACAAAGUAACUCACAACAGUCACAGAACAUGGUGGUUGCAUAUAUCAGAAGUCCAAGAAAGGGACAGAGGGGAAUACAUGUGCCAGAUAAACACCUCUCCUAUGAAGAGCCAAACUGGAUAUAUUGAAGUUGUAGUUCCUCCCCACAUCGUAGAAGAAGAAACUAGCUCUGACACGGAAGUCCGAGAAGGAAGUGACGUGAGCCUCCGUUGCGUCGCCACGGGGUCGCCAAAUCCGGAAACUACAUGGCGCAGAGAAGAUGGCCAAGAAAUAUCAAUUGAUCGUAAAAAAGUGACAUCUCUGAAAAGCACAGACUUGAAUAUUACAAAAGUGGGUCGCCUUCAGAUGGGGGCUUACCUAUGUAUUGCAUCUAAUGGAGUCCAACCGUCCGUCAGUAAAAGGAUUGUCCUCAGUGUGAACUUUCCUCCUAUGGUUUGGAUUCCUAACCAGUUAGUUGGCGCCCCUAUUGGAAUAGAUGUUUCUUUAGACUGCAAUCUUGAGUCUUACCCUCAAUCAGUUACUUAUUGGAAUAGGGAAGGGGGUACAAUGGUGCUCACAAACGACAAAUACAACAGCCUUCUUAUGAAUACAGGGCUGUACAAAGUUACUAUGAGGUUAACGAUACGAAAUCUGCAGCCUGAAGAUUUCGGAUCCUACACCUGCGUGGCCAAAAACUCAUUAGGCGAAACUGAGGGUACCAUUCGUCUAUAUGGUAAGUACACUACUUAUACUGCAUAUACAUUUGCAUUUAAUAUUAAAUAA